AAUGCAAAAUUUUCAUUAUCAAUCUUGUAAUAUAGCAGAACAUGAAGAAGAAUUCUUGAAUAUGGUUUGUAUUGAUGAAAAAUGCAAUAAACAUCAGCUUUUAUGCGUUUAUUGUAUGGAGGAACAUUAAUCAUGUAUUAAACAUCCUGUAAAAAAAUUUCUGAAGGACUUCAAAUCGUAGCUUCAAUCUUAAAAUGUAGAAUCAAAUCCUAAAAUAGAAGAGUAAUUAUAAUUUAAUUUAUUUAGUCUUAUUGCCUAUUAUGAUUAAAUUAAGAUUACAAUGGAACAAGCAUAAAAAUAAUUGAAUGAAAUGUUUGAGAAAUCAAAAUAAACAAUACUUGAGUAUGUUUCUAUAAUGAUUUUAGUACCAAAAAAAUGAUUGGAUAGUUUUCUUAACAAGAGACCGCCAAAUCAGUAUAGAUGUAGAAAUUAAAAGAAUUUGAGUCAACUUUAAAUUAAGAAAACUUUUUUUCACUUCUUACAGAAAUUGAAAGUUUUAGACCAAAUCCUGAUAGAUUUUCAUUCUCAAUAAAAAAAAAUUCAGGACAUUAAAUUGGAUAGAUUUAAGAAAGAAUUGCAAAUGGCAAAAUUCAUUCAUAAUCAUACUAAAGCACCAUUAUGAAUUUUAUUGAUUAAAUUGUAACUCAUCAUGAAGCAUUGAAGAAAAACUUACAGAAUUACUUUUUAAAUGCACCCUAAAAACCUUUUGAACAAGAAUUAAAUGAAAACAAAUAACCUAAAUAACCAAAUUUACUCUCACUAUUCUAAUAACCCUCUUUUGAUAUCUAAGAUAAAUCAAUAAUUGCUAUUGAUGAUGAUUUAGAAGAGAUAGAAAAAAAUAAUCGGAAUAAUGAGAAUUCUAAUAAUAAAGUUAAAAAAUAAAACAAUAAUAAUAAUAAUACUAUUACUAAUAAUAGUUCAAAUAUUAUAUAAAAUAAUAUUAUAUCCAAUAAUAAUAAUAAUCCAAGUCAUUAAAAUAAUUAUUAAAAAACAUAAGAUUCAUAAAUAUCAAUUACUGACAUAUUAGAUAGUAAUACCACCAAAAAAUAACCUACCUAAGAUAACAAAUCUAAUUUAACAAAUAAUCUUAAAUAAACUUCAUAAAAUAAUAAAUAAGCAAAAUAAUUACCUCCUCCAACUCAAUAACCCUUAUCAUAAUUUAGUCCCUAUUAAAAAUAACCAUCAACUAAUGGUUCUGUACCUAUUACUCCUAAACAACCUCCUCCUCCUCCUCCUCCUGCUCCAUUAUAAUAAUCUCCACUCAAAGGUAUACCAUUUUAUUUUAUAAUUAGAUACUUUUUAAGAAGAUAAUCAAGGAGAAGUAGAGACUGUUUUGAAUGUCUCUUAAGAUCAUAAUUUUUAACUUAUGUAAAACGGAAAGGAGAUAACUAAAUUAUUAAUAUUAAGUAAAACAGUAGUAGCAGGAUGUGGUGGAAAUCAAUUUUAAGGAUUCGAUAUUUCGGCAGGUCCGGUAGGUCAAAAAUUAUUUACUUUAAAUGUUGACUCAGAUAUAACAGAUGUUGCAUAUUUAGAAACUGAUGAUUUUAAUGGAACUCUAUAUUUAGCUACUAAAAAUGGCAAAAUUUAAACAUUUAUUAGAGAAUCAAAUAUAGAAACUCCUUUCAGUUUUAGAAGUAAUUCAUCACAACUUAUUGAUAAAUUUGGCAAUUUACUUAUUUAAAUUAAUCAAUAGGAGAAAUAACUUGUAACUUUGGGAGAAGAAAAAAUUAUAAGAAUUUUGCCAGUGAAGACUUUAAAGGAGUAAAAAAAAUGUGAAAUUUAAGAAGUGGGAACAGCACUUCAUGUUGAUUAAAAAUAUGUUUAUGUAGGUGGUAAUAAAUAUUUAUUCAUUUGGGAAACAGUCACUUAAGCCAAGAAAAUUAUUCCAGUUUCAGAUACUAAUUUAAAGGUUAUAUCUAUUCAAACAUAUGAAAAUAAAUUAGUUGUGGGAUUAUAGGAUAAAAUUAAAAUAUUUGAAAGAAAAACUAAUAGUGAUUACUAAUAAAUACAUGAAUAAGGAUUUGGAGAUAUCAGUACAAUGCAUAUACUUAAAAAAUGGCCCAUUGUACUCAUUUCAUGUACUUAGGUAUUUAAAAAUUAUAUAUAUUUUAAUAGUAAUAACAAUAGAAAAUCUGUUUAUAUAAUUAUGAACAGGAUUCUUCAGAGAAAUUACAAGAAUAAAAGGCCACUAGUUGUGCUGUCAGAGAAUUUGAUAAAGUCUAUCAUGUUGCAUUUGGAUAAGAGAAGGGAAUGUGUGUUAUUUAUAGAAUUGAAUAAACUUAAUAGCAACAAUCAUAAUGA